AUGGACGGCCCUCUGACGGCGGCUCUUCUCAUCGUCUCAACGACGGCCGCGCAGAACCCAUCCGCAGACGCAUCGGCGGCCAUACUUCGCGACGUUCUCGGUGAUGAGGGAGAUGGCAAGUGGAAGCUCACCGGCGAGACUAUUGUGACCGACGACGUUGUCCAGAUCCAGAGGCAAAUCACCGUGUGGGCCGACGGGCCGGAGGCGCCCAACCUGAUCAUCACGACGGGAGGCACCGGCUUUGCUGUGGCUGAUGGGACCCCAGAGGCCGUUUCGCCCCUGCUUCACAAGCAAGCGCCCGGGCUGGUCCACGCCAUGUUGGCCUCCUCUCUCGCCGUAACGCCGUUCGCCAUGAUGUCUAGGCCAGCGGCUGGCGUGCGAAACAAGUCCAUUAUAGUCACGCUUCCCGGCUCGCCCAAAGGUGCCAAAGAAAACCUGCAGGCCAUCAUCAAGACGCUGCCGCACGCUUGUCUCCAAGCAGCAGGCGCCAACUCGCGGGCUCUGCACUCCGGAGGGGUCAAGAAGCUAGAGUCGGAGGCCGGUAUCACUGCGGCGUCGAAAUCGCAGACCCAAGUCCACGGGCAUGGCCACCAUCACCACCACCACCAUCACGGGCAUGGCCACGGGCACGGGAGCCUUGUACGGCAUGCGAACCCAAACGCUCAGGCACUCUCAAACGAUCCCCAGCUCGGGCCCUCGCGGCGAAACCGCGAGUCGCCCUAUCCUAUGUUGUCGGUCGACGACGCCCUCGCUCUCAUCGCCGAGCACAGUCCUGAGCCACAAAUCUUUCAGCGCAAUGUCGACGAAUCCAUCGUCGGCUCAGUCCUUGCAGAGCCCGUCAAGGCACAAGAGAACGUUCCAGCAUUCCGAGCCAGCAUCGUCGAUGGAUACGCUGUCGUGGCCCCAAAAGAUGGCAAAAUGAAGGGUGUGUUCCCCGUCACGGUGAUUUCUCACGCAGCUCCCGGCGAGGUACGACCGUUGAAGGAGGGCGAGAUUGCUAGAAUCACCACCGGUGCGCCGCUGCCUCCGGGGGCUACGUCGGUCAUCAUGGUGGAGGAUACGGUGCUCAAGACGAUGACGGAUGAUGGCAAAGAAGAGAAGGAGGUGGAGAUUCAGGCCGAGGGAGUCAAGGAAGGCGAAAAUGUGCGAGAGGUGGGGAGCGACAUCAAGGACGGCUCGGUCAUUCUCGACAAGGGCGAGCAAAUCUCGGGCGUCGGCGGAGAGAUCGGCCUCCUCGCCGCUGUCGGGGUCGCACAAGCCAAGGUGUACCGCCGGCCGGUGAUUGGUGUCCUGUCCACCGGCGACGAGAUCAUCGAGUACGCCCGUCCGGGCCCGCUGCGGCUUGGCGAGGUCCGCGACACAAAUCGCAUCACGCUCAUCUCGGCCGUCAAGGAAUGGGGAUUCGAGGUCCUCGACCUAGGCAUCGCCAAGGACAAGCCGGGCACGUUGGAGGAGACGCUCCGGAACGGUCUAAGGCGGGCUGACGUGCUCAUAACGACGGGCGGGGUGUCGAUGGGGGAGCUGGACUUGCUCAAGCCCACGAUUGAGCGUUCUCUCGGCGGCACCAUCCACUUUGGAAGGGUUGCCAUGAAGCCAGGAAAACCGACGACGUUUGCCACGGUGCCGGUCAAGGACAACGACGGGAACCGGGUGUCCAAAGCUAUCUUCUCGCUGCCGGGCAACCCGGCGUCGGCGCUGGUGACGUUCCACCUGUUCGUGCUCCCCUCGUUGCACAAGCAGUCGGGCGUGACGCCCGUCGGCCUGCCCAAGGUUCCGGUCGUCCUAGCCCACGACUUUCCGAUGGAUCCCCGGCCCGAAUACCAUCGCGCCGUGGUGGCGGUCGGCAAGGACGGACAGCUCACGGCCAGCAGCACGGGUGGGCAGCGGAGUUCUAAGGUGGGAAGCUUGCGGUCGGCAAAUGCCUUGGUGUGCAUGCCGAGCGGUAAGGGGAAGCUCGAAAAGGGGUCCAAGGUCGAGGCGUUGCUGAUGAACGCAGUCCGAGUGGCUUAG